CUCAUCAAUAGAAACACCUGGUAAUUCUGCGCCUACUUCAAGCACACGCACAUGCCCACGCUCACAAAGGCAUAGUGCCUCACGAGUGACAUCAAAUACCAGGAAAAUGCUGGCUAAGUCAAAUAAUUAAACUCGUGGAAUAAGUGGUUGUUUAUGUACUGGAUUUAGAGCACUCUUAUUAUAUUUAUAUAUUUUUAACUCGAACUGUGAAGACAUCUGCCAAAAAUAUAGUUAAUUUGCUAUCAUUACAUCUAUUAUUAAAUGCAAGUUUAUUCAUAAAUUAUUAGUCUUUGAUUUGAUGUUGAAAAGACUAAAUGCACAGAAACGGAGGCAUAUGUAUAGAAGACCACGCACAUGCAUUUUUUCCAUUACAAGAGUGAUUUAUCGCUUUAUUACUCCCUGAACUCUCUGUAAGUCGCUUUGGAUAAAAGCGUCUGCUAAAUGACUAAAUGUAAAUGUAAGAGUGGCACAUUUGAAGGUUGGCAGACUAGUAAUAAUCAUAUUAUCUGCCAAACCCCUUUAUUUGUCAAGGAGGGACUGUACUAAUCUCAUUUAGCAAGGCUGUUACAUAACAUCUGAUCCUUCACUGUAGAGUCAGAGAUCAGUCUCGCAUACAAUCAUAUCUCUAGGGUCCUCAAACCCUGCCACUGACUAAACAAUACAUCCUAUGAGAUCUGAAAAGGAUCAGUGAUGGAUAUGCGUGCCAGUUAUUUACCUUUUCUGAGGAUUUCGCUUUUUGUGAAUUAGUGCCAUCGUCAUGGACAGUGGGGAGGAUUAAGGAAGCUCUAAAUAAAGCCAGUAGAUUAGGAAACAUGAUACUAGCGUGUUCUGCCUCACUUUGACUGAGGGGAAGCUGAUAGACAGACAUAUGUGAAUACUGAGGAGAAUAUUUUGACUUUGGCUGCAGGAAACCAAAAACACUGUAGCAAACAUAAUUGCUUUUAUUCGUACCUUCCUAAAAUCUGAACAUGUGGACAUAUUCUUUUAUGAUUGAUAAUGUAAAAAGGAACAAGACUGGCGCCUUGGUUGAUCGGAGGAAGAGGAGCUUGACGGUAAUAUUAGAUGCUUUACAUAAUAGAUGUUUGCAAAAACUAUUUGACUGUACUAUUGUCGCAUGUUGCAGACAAAACCACACAGCGCACUAGUAGUCUGCCCACGCUUGAUCUGCCCAAAUUUAAGUCUAUCAUAUACACAAAUUUCCUAAUAAUGCUUAUAAGUUGCUGUUGUUAUUAUGGGAGGAAUCAGAUAUUUGCACAUCUAUCCAAAUGCAGUUCUUUUAUAUGUAUUUCUGUGCGUAAAAAAAUAUUUCAGCCGCUCCUAAUGGUUCCUGUUUUAAUUUCAGCCUUAAGCGGCCACACAAUGCCUUCAAGGACAACUCAGGUGUAUCCACAGGUGCAGCGGCACAGCCUCUACACCCUGACAGACAGCUCAGAAUGCGGCUCAGAAACAGAGGAGGUGGACCCUUCCAAGCACCUGACACCCCUGGAAAAAUUAACAGUAGAAAUGUGUAAAAAUGAGAACGUCCUAAAGGAACUGGCCUUGGGCAGACGGGUGGGCUUCUACAAAGUUCGUGGUCAAAUAGGCUGUGGGAACUUUUCGAAAGUCAAACUGGCCUUCCACGCCCUUACCAAAGACAAGGUUGCUCUUAAGAUCCUUGAAAAAAGGAGGCUUGACCUGCAGACUCAGAACAUGCUGUCCAGAGAGAUAGCCAACAUGGAGAGCUUGUAUCACCCAAAUUUAUUGCCACUGUAUGAGGUGGUGGAGACGCAGAGUCGGUUGUACUUGGUUCUGGAGUUCGCUGAAGAUGGAGACCUUCACACCAGAAUCAGCACUGCUGGAAAACUCAGUGACCAAGAGAGCAAGAUUGUGUUUGCCCAAAUUCUGUCAGCAGUUAAAUACAUGCAUGAGAACAACAUCAUUCAUCGAGAUCUGAAGGCAGAAAAUGUUCUUUAUACCAGCAAAACCUGCGUGAAGGUGGCUGACCUCGGCUUCAGCAGGAGGGUUAAUAAUCACAACCAAGCACUAGAUACGUUUUGUGGUUCUCCUCCUUACGCUGCUCCUGAGCUCUUCAAAGAUGAUUCUUACAUCGGUCCACCUGUGGAUGUGUGGGCAAUGGGGGUCCUGCUGUUUUUCAUGGUGACUGGCACAUUGCCUUUCCGUGCCGACACCGUGGCAAAGUUGAGGCGUGCAGUGCUAGAGGGAGCCUAUGUCCUGCCACCCUGGGUAUCAGCUCCGUGUCAGCAGGUGAUCCGGGGGAUCCUGAAGCCUGACCCCUCUGAACGUUGUGCACUGGACCAGAUGGUGGGUUGCGAGUGGCUGUUGCCCGUAGAAUUAUUCCACCCUAUUCCUCCUUUACACCAACUCAACCCCAUUCAUCUCCUGGAGGCUGGCCCGGGGAAGCUAGACAGAGACCAAGAGGAGGUAAAAGCUAUCCUGGAGAAACUGGGAAUCACUCAGGAACAUAUUUAUAACAACCAAGGAAAGAGCAUUCGCAGUCCUAUUACAGGAGUUUACCGAAUAUUGCUGCACAGAAUUAGAAAAAGCAGAGGAGCCGAGUCUGCACCCACAAUCAGCGGUGUUGUCAAAGAUCCUAAAAGAGAUAGUCUACGUGCCUACAGGAAUCUACUGCACACCUCGAAACUGUGUGUUCUUUCUUAAGCAGCGCAGUGUUGUGAAAUUGUUUUGAAAUGAUCAUGACUUGUAGCCUUUACCAGACAAUUUAAUAUCAGCCAUGUGUCUGCUCACCAUUGACUUCCAUUUUAUGGACACAAAACCACAGAGACAUUUCAAAAUAUUUUGUGUUCCACAGAAGAAAGUCAUACAGGUUUGGAAUAUGAGGGUAAAUAAAUGAUUAUUAUUAUUGGGUAAAGUCUCCCUUUAAUUCAGAAAUAUCAUUUUAUUCAUCAAACCUAUAAUUGUUACACUGUAGCCUACUUCAUUUGCAUGCAUAUCAACAUUAUUUCAAUUAUGACAUUUUAUUGAACUCUAAGUAUAUUUUUAUCUUUUACUAAUAUUAAUAUCUAGGCCUUACUUCAAAUUUUAUAGCGUUACUAUAUAUAUAACUUUAUACAUUAAGUCUUUCCA